ACAUACAUUUUUAAUUCAUUUUCGCACUGGGUUUUGAACGACUUUUAUUCUUAUUGCAGCAUGGCCAAUUUUAGCCUUGUGAGUUUAUUUAUAGUCGGUGCAAUUUUUAUGUCAUGGAAAGACUUGAGUCGUAACGUGGAAGUUGAAGCUGGCAGUGCAAGUGAAGAUGCUCCUAUACCAAAACUGAAAAACCAGUUCACUGUACCAGUGGUCAAGUUUCUUAUCUGCCAAUCCUGAGGUUACCGUCGUGCCUUCGAAGAAUAUGCGCAGAUUAUUAAUCAGCGCUAUUCGGAGGUACGCAUUGAUGGGGGAAACUACCCACCCCCUAAGUUUAACCAAAUGGCUGCUAUGGUAUUGUCUGUAAUUAAGUUUAUGUUGAUUGGUUGUAUUCUCACUGGUGUCAACCCGUUCGAAAAAGUUGGCAUGGAAACACCUCAGAUUUAUCACUGGGCGCGUGAAAAUAUGAUUUACGCUUGCAUAAUGUUGUUCUUUUUCUCCAACGCCAUUGAAACUCAACUCACAUCUACUGGUGCGUUUGAAAUAUUACUAAAUGACGUCACAAUCUGGUCAAAGCUGAAAUCAGGAAGAGUGCCCCGUGUGGACGAAUUGAUGCAAAUAAUCGACUCCCAAAUAAACGUCGGAAAAAUGAAUCCUACGGACAACUUUGUGCAAUCAUAAACUGAAGAUGGUGUUUCGAAACUUUUCAACUUUAGCAAUAGUUGUUAAAAAACUAUGUGGUGUUGGUGUCAUUAGCUGGCAUUAAUCAUUUCAACUUCUAACAGAUGUUUUAAGAUUCGAAAUAGAAAGGUCAUGGAAUUUUACAGGAUUUCAUUUAAAAAAUAAAAACUGCAAACUGUCAUUUCACAUUUAUAUAUAUUUUGUUAAUUUGUUUUAUUUGUUAAUCUUAUGUCCUCAUUGGUAUGUGAUUUUUUUCCAUUUAUUGCAUUGUGUCUUCAUAGUUUAUUUAUGAUUCACUAUUCAGAUAUUAUACAUGGGUUUAGGCAAAUUUGUAGUACGGUAGCAGGAGCUGGUACUUUCGUGAACAUUUCUGUUGUGGGAUUUUAAUCAAAUUUAUGAUGGUUUUAUGUCGAAAGUUGAAUGACUGACAUAAACUUGAUGUAGCUUAUUGGGUAGAUAAGCGUAUUGAUUAUAUUUCAUUUGCAGUUUAAUGAUUUUUCGUUGUGCUCGUUCUGUGCUACUUUACAAAUUUUAUGGACUGUAUAAUUUGUGCACGUGGUAACAUCAGCUUCAUUCUAUUGUUUGUCUUCAGA